AUGAGCACAGAUCAAGAACGCCGCAAAGGCAGAGCUAUAUUUGAUGCUUAUGUAUCUCUCCGUAAAAUUGCAGAAAAAUAUGAGCUGGAAGAAAAGUUGGCCAUUCCACGCGUAGUUUUUGUGGGCGAAACUUCAUCAGGUAAAUCCAUGCUGGUUCAAAACUUUCUUCGUUUUCCUUGUGCAUUUUCGCAGAGUGACGUUGGAACACGAUAUCCCAUACUCUAUCGUCUUCGUUAUAAUUCAACAUUAGGCGAUAAUGUUAUUCUCAUCAACCAUCCAGCAACAGUUAAGCGACUACAAGAUUUAGCUGAACAUUUAUGGCACGUCAUGGAACAGAUUGAACGCGAAGAUGGAUUUUGUUAG